AUGUUUCAUUCAUCACAAAAGAAGACCAAAACCAAGUUGCAAGACGAGUUUGAGGAUUUAGAAAUGGCUGGCUCUCGUCCUGAGUACAUCGCCACGAACAAUUCAAAUGGGGUUUCUAUGGGUAACACCACUCCACUUUCAAGCUCCGCAUCAGUUAAUUCCUUCUCUCAAAUGCUUGUCAAUGUACAAACAUCAGAGGAAGACUUUGAGCAGACCCAAACUUCUUCAUCCAACCAAAGAAGAGCUACCACAAAUCCGAGCUCAAAUACAAAUCAUCCUGCUUCUUCAAUGAAAGGAGGGGGCGACCCUAAAUAUAAUGGAGGCACAUCUGUUGAAAUUGAGAUGGAGCCAUCAUCCUCUUCAACCAUGAACGGAAGUACACCAAACUCACAAACCAUAGAAAAUCUUAACCAACGUUUGCAAUUCUACGAGAAGGCUAUCCUUGCUUUAAUGUCAAACUCAAAGAAGGGCUCUCGGUUGAGAAGAAUUGAAGACGAAUUGUUGGGCAAGGAUACAGAGGAAGAAAACCCUAUUGAAGCUAUCCUUUCUGCAGCUGAACAGAAAAAACAAGAAAAGAAGCAAAAAGCAGAAAUGGAAAAGAUGAAAAUUUUGGAACAACAAAAGCAAGACCAAGAAGAAGAGAGACAAUAUCGAUGCAAUCCUCAUUUACGUCAAAAAGUCAUGACUCAUACAGGCGUUAAAAAAGCCUCAAAAACUCUUGACCAAUUAAUUUUACUGUCUUUGCUUGGAGGUAUUUUCAUUGGAUUUGGAUCGGUCUCUGCUUUAAAGACGGGAGGUAACAUGCCAGGUUUAGAGAAGGAAAAUCCUGGUUUGACCAAGUUAAUUUUCUCUGGAGUUUUUACAGUGGGUUUGACGUUGGUGAUAAUUACAGCGAUUGGAUGCAAUUGGUUGGUUUGUCUUGCUGUCUAUACCACCUACGGAACGAGCAGGAUUAUGGAGAAGAUAAUGGGAUUGUUUUUACCAAUCCUUGCCUUUGUUUCUGCAGGAUUUGAGCACAGUAUCGCCAAUGGAUUCUUUAUUCCUCUUGCCAUGAUGUAUGGCUCACCAAUCACCUUGUACGAUUUCUUGAUUGGAAACAUGUUUCCCGUAGUGCUUGGAAAUACUGUCGGUGGAGGAGUGUUUGUUGGUAUGAUUUUCUGGUGGGUGCAUGGUAAAAGGCAAGAACGAAAACAUAUUCUGGAUGAAUGGUUCCUUGACAAAGUUAAGGCAAAGAUUACCUCACCAUUUGUACAUGUCUAUGAAAAGUUCCAAGAAAAGUGGAAUGAAUAUCUUGAUGUCAGAAGAAUCAACAAAUUGAUAAAAUUGCAGGAACGUGAGGCAAGAGAAGCGAGAAUGAGGGUCAUCUCUGAAUACGAUGAUGCAGAAGACAUGAUUGCUUAA